AUGAUAAUGAAUAAUAGGAAGACUCUUUUUGAGUAUUCAAAAUGGGAUCUUUGGAUUCACUCCCUAAAGAUGUCCAUUUACAACCUCACACAUAACUUACUCUUAAACAGUGUUGUAACUGUGCACCUAUACAAUUUCCUAAUUUUAUUGGAAACCAUGCAAAUGGUAAUUGAAAUCAUAUAACAUUUCAGGUGUACUAUUCAAUACAUCCGAGCUUUUCAUUCCUCUUCCAAACUCCCAUUUUCAAAUAUUUCCGCUUAAUUCUAUCCUAUUUCUAGCCCAACGAAGUAUUGGGCAAAGGACAAAUAGAAAUUUAGUUAGCACUAUUGUACAUAGUAAUACAAAUCACCUAUCAAGGUAUUCGCAGUAUAAUUGCUCAUGAUCGCCUUGAAAAUUGUGAUCCUCUGCAAUUUGAAAAAGCAUACCACAUUUUACAUCUACACAUAUCGACUUGUAGCCUACUUCGGAGUAUUCUUCAACACAAUCCUACUGAUUCCAUUCACCAACGUGUACAUCGCCAUACUGUAUUGCGUGAACUCCAACUUUGAAUGCUAUGUCGGAGCCUACUAUGCUCACUUUGUGUUUUCUUUUUUGGGACUCUUCAUGCACUUGAUACACAUCGUCUACUUCAACUUGAUUUUCAUGGAACAGAACCCAUUUUCCUCCAUCCCUUUUGCCACUCCUCAACAAAGUGCCACUCUCAUCAAACAAAUCAUAAAGAUCGUCCUGCCCAUCUACACCAUCUUCGACUACGCUGGCUCCCUAGACAGAGUGUUCAUCUCACUCCUCUGCUUGUCCUACAUCUAUCUGAAUGUGCAACGAUUCAAACAACCCAAAUACUACAACAAAUGGGUUGCUUGGGCCUCGAUAAUAGAGGAAAUCACUUUGCUCUGGAUCACACUCGUGAGUUUCUUCACGGCCUUCAUCAAUUACAACCAGGCUGAAGACAUAGGGUUCUUCUAUAUGAUAAUAGGCAUCCCCUUGGUAAUUCUUGUUUAUUUUCACCUGUUGCAUCUCCAAAAUAAGAAGGUCCUGUCUAUUCUAUUCAGAAACAUCGAAAGAGACAUCGAGGCUGAGAUAUACCUGCUCGAAGUCAUUAAGUUGAUCAAACAGAGAAAAAAGAUCUGGUCGCGAAUGCUCCUGGAGGGCAAACUGAGAUUGCACUCCAAGGCCUGUUAAAACAAGGAUUGCAUCUGCAAGGCUUUGAUGCAUGAAAACAUAAAGGAGGAGGAGAUCGAUCAAUAUUGGUAUAAGUUUUUGGGAUUCCUAUUGAAUGAGAUGAGAGAAAGGUUCAAUAAGAGUUGUAGAAUCAAUCUUCUGUAUGCCUUUUUAUUGAAUGAUCAAUUGAACAACCAUUUCAAAGCACUCACUGAGAUGAUGUUCGCAGAAGACAACAAACCAUCCUUAUAAGAGGAACUAGCUAUGUACCAUUAUAAAUAAAUCAUCCAACAAAAACUGAAAGACAUGGAACAGAAAACCAAUGAAAAUAAAGGAAUAGAUGUGAAUGGAAUAAUGGUAUUCUAGAAUACCUUCAUCAUCUUCCUGAAUGCAGUAGAGAAGACAGUCAAUUAUCACAUUGAGUACUGGCGUGAGUUACUGGAAACUAAUCCCGAUAUUCUAAAAUUGAAGGUAGUUGGAUCCAAAAUAACAAAGAAAUUAGAGUAGACAAUGAUUUAGUAUCAGAAAUUGCAAGAGCUGAAUUCUAAUCACAUUAAGUUUUUAACCAUCUAUGGCAAUUUCUUAAAAGAGAUUGUGAAUGAUGAGGAUGAGUCCAAUAGGAUUCUAGACAGAGUUCAGAUUUUGAUCAAACAAUUCCAGAACAAUAAGAUUCAUGAUUAAAUAAGAUUGAAGUAUGGAGAGAAUGCCAAUACAUGUAUAAUAACAUGUUCAGGUAAUUUUAACAACAUGGGUGUGGUCACCAAUUGCAAUAAUGAAAUCACACGACUUCUACAAUUUAGUAAGAGUGACAUCAUGGGUAUUAAUAUCAAUUGCAUUAUGCCAAAAAUAUAUGCAAGUCAUCAUGAUCAAUAUAUGAUUGAUUACAUAGAUACCAGCAAACCAAAAGUGAUGGACAAAGAGAGGAUCUUGUGUUGCAUUAACUCCCAACAAUAUUUGGUGCCUUGUUCUUUGAUGAUCAAGAUACUUCCAAAUCUAGAUGAGGGCAUCAAGAUGGUUGGAUUCUUAUAAGAUUACAAUAAUCAAUAGGAAUCAAACGAAGAAUGGCAUUAUCUAAUAGUUGAUGGAUACACUCAGACUCUCUUGGGCAUCACCUAAUCUUGCACUCAAAUCUUCGGAAUUCCACAAUCUAUUAUGACUAAUAAUACAUUCAAAUAGAAAUUUACUUUUGAUGUGCUCUUCCCAAAUAUAGAAGAACACAUCAAUAUGGAAGAUGGAAUCCUCACUUAUUUAGAUACAACUCAAUUGUAGGAAGACUAUUUAUAAGGAAUUGGAGAAAGUCAGAGUGAAAUAUCAAUUGAGGAUGACGAUGAUUAAUUCUGCGAGUUUCCUCAUGAUCCAUUGAGAUCCUCGAAUGAUACAAGAAUACAAAGGUAUUUACUCAAACCAGUGGAGGUGAAACAAUAAGACUAAGUCUCUGAUACACCUAGUCCAUUGUUUCAUAGAUUUUAGACUGUUGAUUUCAAGAAAAAGAAGAAUGACAAAUUGCAAAGAUACAAAAAGUAUAAAGUUAAAUUAGUAUUAUGCGAUCAACUCAAAAUUGGAGAAAUCAAUUUAUAAACUAUCAAAUUUAUGUGGAUCAAGGAGGAUGAGUAGAGUGAACAAAUUAUGAAGAUGGAUUCCAUGAAUUCAAAGCAAAAUCAAAAUAAUCAAGAUAACAAAAUCAGCGAUCAUUUACAACCAGUAAUCGAGGAUGGCAAUUCAAGUAGAUCUUCUAGAACUGAAAAUAAUCAAAAGGAAUUGAAGGAAUUCAAAUAAAUGAUAUCAUCCAAAACUCAACCUAGAUCUAUAAUUAUUUUAAAGCGUACAGUUUGGUUCAUUAUGAUCCUUCUACUAACUUUAAGUACUUUAAUUAUGGCUUAUAGAAUCAUUUAGAUUGAUGAUGUUAAGGAAGGUGUGAAUGCCAUCUAUUAAGGGUAUUACAGACAUAAUAUCAUCUCUGAUGUUGUCUACAAUGCUCGCAAAUUGCAACUCAUUUAUAACAAUACUUAUAAUGAUGAUUUGUAAGUAGUCAAAUCGGAUUUAUAAUAUUGGGUCAAUUCAUUACAACAACUGCAAUAUGAUUUAAUCAAUGUCAGACUCAUUAUGGAAAAUAGAAAGGGAAGCCAAAUUCAACCUUAAAUGUACACAACCAAGUUCUUAAUGUCUAAUGGACAAGAAAGCAAUUAAGAUCUACUCUUUGAUGAUGCCAUGAUGUACUUCAUCACAUCUGGUUCCUAAUUGGACAAUGCUUCAAACGAUUCCUUUAUUUAAUCUACAAAUAGUGGUUACAAGAAUUUCUAUUUUCUCAUCAAUAAUGGAUACUAUGUACUCAGAAAUGGAUCUGAAAACAUUGCUAACAAUUUCUAUUCCUUUUAUUCUAAUCUUAUCUAGGAUUACUUGAUCAAAUUCCUCAUCAUCAUGAUCAUCGGCAUUGCAUUCCUCAUCAUCUCCUCCUUGGUCUUAAUUCCGAUUGUCUCACAAGUGCAUGAUACCAAUAAUAAAGUCUUGUCCCUUUUUGGUAUCAUACCUGUGAAUGAAUUAAAGGAUUUGGUCACUAAAUGCGAACAGUACUUAAAGAAUUUCUUAAAUGAAUAAGGAGAUUCACAUAAACAAACAAAAGUGUAAGAAGCAUAAAUUACUCACUAAAAUAUCAUUCAUACAUCUGGACAUGGAGAACAACCAUUAAUAAAUAAGGAACAUCCAGAGAAAUAAGAGAGUAAUGAAGAUGAUGCUAGCAAACUCAUUCAAAAACCAUAAAAGUUAUUGUCAUCAGGACAUCAAAGUGUAAGUCAUGUGAAACAAUUAUCAAAUUUAACUUCUGAUGGCUAACCUCAAAUCCCCAUACCAGUUUCUUAAGGUGCAACUAAACACGAUUUAAAAUUUUCAUAAAAGAAAUAGUAAUAGAAAGAGGAAGAGAAAGAAGAUGAUUAAGAAAAUUUAAAAGCAAACAAAUUGUUGAAUUCUCAAGGAAGUCACAAAUGUGCUGUAACUGUCUAGUUUAUAUUCUUUGCUCUCUUGUUCAUUUCCUAUUUUGUCUUAGAUAUCAUAUUAGAAUCCUAUUUCCUUAAAGAAACUCAGAAUAUAUUUGAUCACCUCAAAAACAUAGAAGACAGACCCAUCAAUAUUAAAUACUACAUGUACUUGUCAAUUGAGCAUUUGCUUCUACAGAAUCCCACUUCUUUAGAUACAUAUAAGACGGACUUUCAAAACAGAUAGUCAGAAAAUGAACGAAACAUAUCCAUUGAAAUUCAAUAGUCUCACCCUUCAUAAUUUGAUUCAUAUUUUUCAUUAUUGGCUGGUAUUUCUUUUAAUAGUCUGUGCGACUAUCCAUUCACUGUAAACUAAUUCACUCUGGUCGCCUCAACUUGCAUGGAGGUAUAGGCUGGCCUCUUACAAUAAGGAUUGAAAACUACAAUAGCUUCAGUCGCAUUAACAUCUAAUGAUAUGCUAGCUAAGUGGUCAUUAAGUAAUAAGACUGUUGAUGAUCUAUCCUAAACCUUGAAAGAUUAUUUUAAAAAGCUAGACUCUAUUAUGCAAUAUGUAUCUAACUGUUGCUAUUAUCUAACUUUGUAAUACUAGUAGGCUACCUUAGAUUUUCUGUCAUAUUCAGAAAUGAUUGAAUAAGUCAAAUUUUCUGUGUUUCUAAUUGUUAUGUUCUUUGUUUUCAUAUUUUGCAUGACUCAAUACUAAAAUAAUUUGAGUGAAUAAAUCUGGGAAACUAAGGGCUUGUUGAAUAUGAUUCCUUUAGAGAUUAUUGCCAAGUAUCAACACUUGAAGGAUCAAUUUGUUGGAGGAGAAAUUCUUAAAGCUGUUCAAUGA